CUCUCUCAGUUCUCUCCUCCUCCCACCUUGAAGCGCCAGCUUCACGGCGCUUUGACUGACCCAACACUCAUUGGAUGAGCUUGAGAGGAGAACAGCCUUUAAGGAUAGACCGUGCAUCCCAUCAACCCCGCUCUUUUCAUUCUGUGCAAUAAAAAAAGUUGCGUUUCGUAGAUGCAAACGUGAACGCGGUUUUUACUCUGACCGCACUUUUUUGUUGCGACAUCGCGCGCAUUCUGAAUCAAAUCUACACCCGAGAAUAUUUGCCCGUCUUCUCCAGUCGGGACAAGAGCAAGAAGAGGACAGUUUUUUUAACCAAAGAAGCCUCAAUACUCAUUAACAAAGUUUCCAAGAAAUCCACAUGCGCACCAGGAAAGGGACAGAUUUCCUCUCCGCGAAUCCCGUUUCCUCAGCACAUUCAGAGAAACAGGGGAGCUUGAGAAAUCAUGCUGAUUUCUGUGCGGAGGGACACCACACUGAAGUUUCACUCCUGUAAGUUGGAUGAGUGGGUUUAAGCUUUAAAAAUCAACGUGUACCCUGAGAGUUUUGCCGCCGCGUUCACGAGGCACGGAUUUUAAUUUACAGAGCAAGGCAAGAACCGCAGAGGGAUCAUGACACCAAAUGACGACCUGAUCUGUGAGUCUUAGUUCUUCCCAUCCAUUUUGACAAUGGAAGCGUUCCAGAUGGGGCCGCUGAGGCUCACUCUUCUAGUCCUGCUGAGCGGUGUGUCUUUCGGAGUGGUUGAACUGGAGCCCCUCGCUCAAAACCGGCCUCAGUCCCUCAGUCCCCAUCCGCCUCAACAGAACAUCACCCUGGCGGUCAUCCUGCCUCAACACAACACCGAGUACCCCUGGGCAUGGCCCCGGGUCGGCCCCGCCUUGAACUGGGCCCUAGAAAAGGUGAACUCCGACCCCAACCUGCUGCCAGGCUACCAUCUACAACUGGUUUUCAACAGCAGCGAAAACAAGGAAGGAGUGUGUUCGGAUUCAGUAGCUCCUCUCGUGGCCGUGGACCUGAAGUUCUCGUACAACCCCUGGGCUUUCAUCGGGCCGGGAUGUGACUACCCGGCCUCACCGGUGGCCCGUUUCACCACGCACUGGGAGGUUCCGAUGAUCACGGGUGGAGCGAGAGCGCUGGGUUUCAAUUUGUACUCGUCCAUCACCAACAUCGGCCCCACGCACAAGAAGCUGGGCGAGUUUGUGGUCAGGAUGCACCGGCAUUUCGGGUGGCACAAACACGCCCUGCUCAUGUUCAGCGAUAAUAAGAACGACGACCGGCCGUGCUACUUUGCCGUGGAGGGGCCGUACUCACAGAUGCGUGAGGACAACAUCACGGCAGAUGACAUGGUGUUUAACGAGGAUGAUGAACCCGUCCGUUAUGAAGUGCUUCUCCGGGAAAUCAGCCAGAAAGCCCGUGUUGUGUACAUCUGCUGCAAGUGGGACACGUUUCGGAAGCUGAUGGUGGAGUUCUUGAGGUUGGGUCUUCCUCAGGAGGAGUACGCCUUCUUCUUCAUCGAUCUGUUUGGAUAUAGUCUGCAGAGACACCCCGCCAAACCAUGGGCACGUGGAGAUGCUGAUGACGCUGCAGCCAAGGAGGCAUUUAAAAGCGUGAAGAUCCUGACCUACAGAGAGCCUCAGAACCCAGAGUACAAGGACUUUGUGUCCAAAAUGAAGACAGAUGCCAUGGACGUAUAUAACUUCAGCGUGGAAGACUCCCUGAUGAAUCUGAUUUCUGGCUCAUUCCACGAUGGAGUCAUGCUGUAUUCUCAUGCCCUGAACGAGACUCUGGAUCAGUCGGGUGCGAGGCCCCCAGGGGACGUUAUCAAUAAGAAGAUGUGGAAUCACACAUACUAUGGAACAUUAGAAAAGUACCGGCAGGUGUGUCGGAUUAAAGUCAGAAGCUCCCCACAUCCUGAGACGAAGAGAAGAGCUGAUGAAUAUGCAAAGAAAAGAAAAAGCAAGCUGAAAAGUUGA